CAAAUAGCUGCGUGUACGCAACAGCGUGACAACAAGGAAGUUCUCAACAGACGAGGCUUGUUUCUGUCAAGAUGGCACCGAGUGGACUAAAGGCUGUAGUUGGUGAAAAAAUCCUCAACGGGGUUAUCAAGAGUGUGAAGAAGGAUGGAGAGUGGAAGGUUCUUAUUGUGGACCACAUGAGCAUGAGGAUUUUGUCCUCUUGUUGCAAGAUGUCAGACAUAUUGGCGGAGGGAGUAACAAUUGUGGAGGACCUCUAUAAAAGAAGGGAACCCAUUUCAAGUCUGGAGGCCAUAUAUUUGAUUUCUCCAGUGGAAAAGUCAGUCCGUGCCCUUAUCAGUGACUUCAAAGACACGGCGUUUACAUACAAAGCAGCCCACAUCUUCUUCACCGAUACCUGUCCGGAUGGUCUCUUUACUGAGAUUGGGAGAUCCAGAGUAGCCAAAGCCAUCAAGACUUUAAAAGAGAUCAAUGUUGCGUUCUUGCCUUAUGAGUCGCAGGUUUUCUCCCUGGAUGAUCCCACCUCCAUGCACUCCUUCUACGCCACAAAGCCAACAAUAGACCGAGACAAGAUGAUGGAGAAUCUUGCCGAGCAGAUCGCAACCCUGUGCGACACGUUGAAGGAGUAUCCUGCUAUUCGAUACAGGAAGGGACCGGAGGAGACCGCUCGACUGGCUGAUGAAGUUAACCAGCGCCUCAUUGCUCACAAGGCUGACAACCCAAGCAUGGGAGAGGGGGCCGACAAGGCACGCUCACAGUUGCUGAUUGUUGAUCGAGGGUUCGAUCCCAUCUCACCUGUUCUCCAUGAGUUGACCUUCCAAGCGAUGGCCUAUGACUUACUGGAUAUUAAACAGGAUAUCUACUCUUAUCAGACGACCGGCAUUGGAAAUUCCAAAGAAAGAGAAGUGUUGUUGGAUGAAGACGACGAGCUUUGGGUCCAACUCAGACACAUGCACAUCGCUGAUGUCACCAAGAAAGUAACGGAGCUCCUGCGCACCUUCUGCGAAAGCAAACGAAUGUGUACAGACAAUGCUAAUAUUAAAGACCUCUCUCAGAUGCUAAAGAAGAUGCCGCAGUACCAGAAAGAACUGAGCAUGUAUUCGACUCACUUGCACUUAGCUGAAGCGUGCAUGAAGAAAUUCAAGGCAUCACUUGAUAAGCUGUGUGAGGUUGAGCAGGACCUGGCGAUGGGGGCCAACUCUGAAGGGGAACCUCUGAAGGACGCCAUGAAGAGCAUUGUUCCCGUACUACUUGACAGUGAAAUCGAACCAUACGACAAAAUCCGCAUCAUUCUGCUCUAUAUUUUCCAUAAGAAAAAAGGUAUCGGAGAGGAGAAUCUUAGCAAGCUCAUCCAGCACGCAAACGUUCAGUCAUACAGCGACAUCAUCACCAACGUGCAGAAUUUGGGCUGUAACAUAAUCGCAGGGGGUCGCAAUGCUGGGAAAACACUGCCGGAUAGGAAGGAGCGCACCGAGAGCACGUACCAGCUCUCUCGAUGGAUACCCAUCGUCAAAGAUGUCAUGGAGAACGCGAUCGCGGACAAGCUGGACCGAAAGCUCUGGCCGUUCAUCUCUGAUCCUGCUCCCAUCACCACGACCCAGCCAGCAGUGAGCAGUGCACGCUUUGGCCACUGGCACAAUAAGAAUCCAACAGAAUACCGCUCCGGCCCGCGCCUCAUCAUCUUUGUGAUCGGCGGGGUGACACACUCGGAGAUGCGCUCCGCGUACGAAGUCACGCGAGCCUCCGGUGGGAAAUGGGAAGUGCUGAUCGGAUCUUCUCACAUACUCACCCCAACCGGCUUCCUCGACGACCUCAAGAGUCUGGAGCAGGUCCCGAACCCCGAUUGCUAAUUCGACACGACAAGUGCGCGCUGGAAUUUGGGUCAGAAUCGAAGGAGAGCAUGAAUGGAAGGAUUUGUCCUGCCUUGUUUUAAUUUAACCAGCUUUUUAUUUGAGACCAUGUGAUUCGAUUUCUGUUAUUUAAUUAGAUCCAUGUUGAUUCCUGAGAUUUUUGAAUUAUUAUUUUCGUGGUCAUAUAUACAUACAUAUAUAUAGAUAUAUUUGUUUCUUAGUUUUGCACUUCAGAUUCAGUCACUUUCCACUGUGUCGUUGGAUUGCCUCGCCUUAUCUCCUAGCAGAGCGCAGACUGUAUCCUCGUGUUCUUCUGUUAGUGUGUUACAGAUGUUUCUUUUUACCCUCUCGAGGCAACUGUAUUCUCAAGUCUUGCACAUCUUGAUCUAGUAUAAUAUAUUGCUGGGAGGAAUUUGGAUUGGUUUCUUAAUUGUUUAUAAUGAAAUAAUAAAAGAAAUAUGA